GCUUACUCUUUCAUCCCAUUCAACUCAAAUGGCGCAGUUGUAUUCUUCGAUGAAACCCACGCCAAUGCUGAAAGAUGAGCUAGACAUCGUGAUACCCACGAUCCGAAACCUAGAUUUCCUUGAGAUGUGGAGACCAUUCUUUGAACAGUACCAUCUGAUCAUCGUUCAAGAUGGUGAUCCUUCGAACAUCAUCAACAUUCCGGAAGGGUUUGACUACGAGCUCUACAACAGGAACGACAUCAAUCGAAUCUUGGGUCCCAAGGCUUCUUGCAUUUCCUUCAAGGACUCUGCUUGCCGUUGCUUUGGUUACAUGGUCUCCAAGAAGAAGUACAUCUACACCAUUGAUGAUGAUUGCUUUGUUGCAAAGGAUCCAUCAGGAAAAGAGAUCAAUGCGCUUGAGCAGCAUAUCAAGAACCUUUUAUCUCCAUCAACCCCACAUUUCUUCAACACACUUUAUGAUCCAUACGGAGAUGGGGCAGACUUUGUUCGUGGAUACCCUUUUAGUAUGCGCGAAGGUGCCAUUACCGCUGUCUCUCAUGGCCUCUGGCUAAACAUCCCUGACUAUGAUGCUCCCACUCAGCUUGUGAAGCCUCUUGAAAGAAACUCCAGGAAAUUUGAUCUUUCACUCAAACAAAACCAAUUUUGUUAUGCCUCCCUUUUUCUGAAGGCUGAAUGCUUCAGCUUUGCUUAUUGGUAUGUUGAUGCGGUCAUGACCAUUCCCAAAGGAACCCUAUUCCCUAUGUGUGGUAUGAACCUCGCUUUUGAUCGGGAGCUGAUUGGUCCGGCUAUGUACUUUGGACUUAUGGGUGACGGGCAGCCCAUCGGACGCUACGACGACAUGUGGGCUGGUUGGUGUGUCAAGGUGAUAUGUGACCACAUGGGCUGGGGAGUGAAGACGGGUUUGCCUUACAUAUGGCACAGCAAAGCCAGCAACCCAUUCGUGAACCUGAGAAAGGAAUACAAUGGAAUCUUCUGGCAAGAAGAGGCCAUACCUUUCUUUCAGUCUGUGACUCUUCCAAAAGAAUGCACUUCGGUGCAACAAUGCUACAUCGAGAUGGCUAAGCUCGUGAGAGAGAAACUUGGGAAAGUGGAUCCUUACUUCAUUAAGCUUGCAGAUGGAAUGGUCACUUGGAUCGAAGCUUGGGAGGAGCUUAACUCUCGAGACGGGACAGAGGCCAAGGCACAAGCUGGCAAAAUU